AUGCGCAAACCGCCGCGAAAGUUAACUCCUGAACUUCGCAGAGCCGAAAGAUUUUGUCAGAUUUCUAAAAUCAGCGAGCUGACAUGGCAUUCCGCCGGAGAAACAAGAGCUACCCGUUCUUCAGCCAGGAGUUCCUCAUCCAGAACCAUGCCGACAUCGUGUUCAGCCUGGUGAUUUUCAUUCUGAUCGGGCUGAUGUUUGAGGCAACAGCAAAGACAGCCAUACUCUUCAUUCAGCCUCAGUACAACAUUACCACAUUAUCACUAGAGGGAGAGGUGACUACAUAUCAUUAUGGAUGGAAGGACUGUGCCACCAUCCUCUUCUAUUUCUUCAUCGCCAUCAUCCUCCAUGCUGUAGUGCAGGAAUAUCUUCUGGAUAAAGUGAACCGCCGCCUUCACCUGUCCAAGAGCAAAAACACCAAGUUUAAUGAGUCAGGUCAGCUGUGUGUGUUUCAUUUAGUGUCGAGCGUGUGGAGUUUCUACAUCCUCAUUACAGAAGGAUAUCUCCUGCAUCCCGGCAGCCUUUGGGAGAACUACCCUCAUUCACAUCUCAGGUUUCAGGUGAAGUUUUUCUACCUCACUCAGCUGGCCUAUUGGCUCCACGCUCUGCCAGAGCUCUACUUCCAGAAAGUACGCAAGGAGGAGAUUCCUCGUCAGCUGCAGUACAUCUGCCUUUAUCUGCUGCACACCUCUGCAGCUUAUUUGUUGAAUUUGAAUCGUGUGGGUCUGGUGCUCCUCUUUCUCCAGUAUGUGUCAGAACUGGGCUUCCACAUUGCCAGACUCUUGUACUUUACUGAUGAGAAUCAUCAGAAAAUGUUUGAUCUGUGGGCGGCGAGCUUUGUGUUUACACGGAUGGCCACUCUGACCCUGAUGUUCCUCGCUGUGGGUUUUGGUUUAGCCCGUUCCGAAAAUCAGGGGCUAGACUUGGAGAUGGGGAACUUCAACACAGUCCUGAUAAGGAUGGCUGUUCUGCUGGUGGUGUGUUUGACUCAAUCCUGGCUUCUCUGGAAAUUUAUCCGUUUCCAGUUGAGGCGCUGGCGGGAGUUCAGACACGAACAGGCGGUCCGCAAGAAGGGUACCACAAAACAACCCCUACGGCAAUUAAAGAGGGACUCACUUGGUCAUCAUGAAAACGGCGUCCUUAAAGCUGAAAAUGGACUCUCACCUCGGACAAAGAAACUCAAAUCCCCCUGAGGUGGCACACCUUCUGGCUUCAGCAGUGGCUUUAUCCCUAACUAAGGUUUCUCAUCAGCUCUGCAGUGAAGCCAGGGGAGGCACGCUGGCCACAAAGCUUUGGCUGAGAAUAUCCUGGGAUGAAACAGGGACUCAGUUACUGUAGACUUUGGCUUGAAUGCUGGAAAAUGAAAAUCCAAGGACAUCCUUUGAGCCCAACAGGCAUUUAUUCCUCUCAUUGUAUCAGUAUUUUUUUAUACAUCUACACAGCCUGCGAUCCAACACUAAGGCACACCGUUGCAGAGUGAUUUGUAAAACAAACAGUAAGUGAGCAUUGUGUGCUGCACGUUUUUUCGUCCAUGUUGAAUGUGUUUUUUUGCAUACCCUCAAACAUAAGUACUGUACUACAGCUCGUACUAUCGCGCCGGCUUUGCUUGUUUUCCAUUCUGCUCCACUGGUGCGAGAAAGCGUCGCUGAUGACAUGGUAUGAUAUGAACUAACUGGCAGAAGAAAAAAAAUCAUGCAUUUGUCACUAGUCACUUAACAGAUUUGUAUCAAAUAUAUAUCGGAGAUGUUACCGCAUGCCAUUUGAUGUUCUUUUUUUUCUUCCUUUUUGUUUUGUCAGUUACUUCAUUAAAAAAUACAUUGUUCUGAAA